AUGCACGGCAUUGUAAACUCAAAUAUGGCUUUUGAUAUCGACAAUCAAGAAUCAAUUCUGGCUAAAUGCCUGGACGCUGAUCGACGUCAAUACCUGAGGACGCCAUUGGUGUCUCCUCGCCUUUUCAACUGGAUGCCAUAUCAGCUCAACGCCCAAUUGGGAACUCUGCUUCGCUACUUUGAGACCAUGGCAUCCGAGUCCCUCACCGUCCUCGGCUUUGAGACUAGCAAUGUUCUCUCGCUCGUGCUGAGAAUGGCCCUCUCGGUCCAGACUCCUGCCACAGCCGCGGUUUUACAGAGUAUUUUUGCACUUUCGGCUUUGCAUCGUGACGGACCCAACGAGCAGAGUGCUCAUCUCAAGGUCCGGGCUCUAGGUGCACUCGCGAGCUCGGCUACAGGCGACAUAAACAGCAUCGCGGCGGCUCAGCAUGUAGUUUGUGGUCUAUUGCUUUGCACAUUCGAGCUGCAAAAGAACGCUGGAACAUCCUAUCACUGGCUAUGGUAUGUUUGUGGUGCCAAACACCUCAUCAAAACACACGUUCUCGACGGACCUGGACUUGGCAGCGACCUCAACCUCGUGGUCGGCUGGGCACAGUACUAUGAAGUUAUGGCUAGGUUUGGCCUCCGUCAUUGGCGACGUGAGAACACUGCAGAAUUUGCGUUUGCAGAAUAUGCCGGGCACCACGCUGCUUUGCCUCCUGUUUGUGCCCGAGAUCAUAUUGUCGCCGAGCUUAAUAACCCCCCGACGGCUAUGCUAGACUUGCUUAGGGAGGUGAUUGAUAUAGCAGAAGCACAUACUCCUUCGCAUUGCUCCUCUAGUGGCUAUGGCGAGUAUGCAUUGGAGCUCGAGUCGAAGCUUAAGGAGACAUAUCGCACUCUGCGUGAACAGCAGCUAGCCGUAUCCGAGGACCAGAAAGCCGUCGUUGCCUUCGGGCUCUCCGUCUUGCUAUACUUGUGGAGGCUCACGGAUACCUCCAGGAAUAUUACGUCGACAAAGGUCGCUAGCCUGAUUGAUGAAGCUUUUGGGUACUUGUCCGAACUUGAUGCUCUGCGUUAUCCUCUGCCGAUGCUUCUGCUGGGGUGUGAAGCGCGAACAGACAACCAAAGACGAAUCAUACUCGAGCUCAUCUCCAGAACGGAACGCAUAAGUUCAACUCAAGCGAUGUCCUAUGUAAAAGGCAUGACAAGGUCUGCGUGGGUGCAAGAAGACCUGAGGAGAGAUGGCUCUGCUGCACGUGUUGGAUACAUGGAGAUGCUCAACGCUUUGAUCAGCUCCUGUAAGAGACUACCUACAUUUAUUUAA